AUGUCAAAUAAGCAUUGUGCAGUCGGUUUCAUAACAGUUCCUUUUCGCUGCUACAUCACAAUUCACAACACAAACCUCUCUUUCUCUUCUCAUCACACUCGCUUCGCUGUGCUUAAUUUUCCCCUCUUUCAUUCAUUUCUCACUCUUUUUAAUAAUUCUAAACCCUCCCGCAUACAUAUUUCUCAUCUAGAUUAGAUCUGAAAAAACACGCUCAUGGACCGUCGUAAAGAGAAAAAUGCAAAUUGGUUAUCAGUACCACAGUUUGGGGAUUGGGAUCAGAAGGGGCAAGUACCUGACUACUCACUUGAUUUCUCAAAAAUAAGAGAAACAAGGAAACAGAACAAGUCAAAUAUUUCAAGAGCAAGCCUUGGCAAUGAUGAAGAAUUCAAUAUGGAUUCAACCUCCAGCAGUGUUAACACUGGCCACAGCCACAGCAGUGAACAACAACAACAACACCCUCGGUACCAUCAAACCCAAUCUCCAACUACAAGGAAGAGCUUCUUCAGCUACUUCAACUGUUGUGUGAAAGCCUAAUAUUUAUGGUCAAGUACAACCCUCCACAUAGUUUUCUGAAGAUUCUGGAUAGGGACAGUUAUGUUUAGGGACAAUUAUGCUGCUUCUUAUUAUGUGAUAAUUACUUUCUUCUUGAUUUUAAAUUGAAGGAAAACAAACUUUCUUUUGUGGCACUCUAUGAAAUUAAUUAACUUAUCAUUGUUGCUUGAAA